AGGAGCAGGUGAUUCUACGGAAAUGAGGCCGCGCCCUUGAGCUCUGUAGUCUUCGGGCAGAAUGAGGACCCUUCUCUCCUGAUGAAAAUUGGCCCCAGCGGAAAUUCCACUUACUUGGAUGACCAUGGACCACCUCCUAGUAAGGUGCUGCCUUUCCCGAGCCAGGUGGUGUAUAACAGAGUUGGCAAGUGUGGGAGUCGUACCGUGGUCUUGCUUCUGAGAAUCUUGUCGGAGAAGCAUGGAUUCAAUUUGGUCACUUCAGACAUUCACAACAAAACCAGGCUUACUAAAAAUGAACAAAUGGAACUGAUUAAAAAUAUAAGUACUGCUGAACAGCCCUAUUUAUUCACUCGACAUGUCCAUUUCCUCAACUUCUCAAGGUUUGGAGGAGACCAGCCUGUUUACAUCAACAUCAUUAGAGACCCCGUCAACCGGUUUUUAUCAAACUAUUUUUUCCGUCGAUUCGGAGACUGGAGAGGAGAACAGAAUCACAUGAUCCGCACUCCCAGCAUGAGGCAGGAGGAGCGCUACCUGGAUAUCAAUGAGUGUAUUCUUGAAAACUAUCCCGAGUGUUCCAACCCCAGGUUAUUUUACAUCAUUCCGUACUUUUGUGGACAGCAUCCCAGAUGCAGGGAGCCUGGUGAGUGGGCCCUGGAAAGAGCAAAACUGAACGUGAAUGAAAACUUCCUGCUUGUGGGGAUCCUCGAAGAGUUGGAAGAUGUGCUGCUUUUACUGGAAAGAUUUUUACCUCAUUACUUCAAAGGUGUGCUCAGUAUCUACAAAGACCCAGAGCAUAGGAAACUUGGAAACAUGACUGUGACCGUGAAGAAGACUGUUCCCUCCCCCGAGGCCGUGCAGAUUCUCUACCAGCGAAUGAGAUACGAGUACGAGUUCUACCACUACGUCAAGGAGCAGUUCCACCUGCUGAAGCGCAAGUUCGGACUGAAGUCUCGCGUCAGCCGUCCCGCCCUGAGACCCCAGUUCUUUAUUCCGACUCCACUGGAAACCGAGGAGCCGGUGGAUGACGAGGAACAGGACGACGAGAAGUGGCUGGAAGAUAUUUAUAAGAGGUGAUGCCAGCGCUGGGUUGCCUCCAGUGGCUUAAUCGCCCUUUUCCAGAAAGUUUUUUUUUUUUGUUUGGGGAAAAAAAAUCCGAAGGGACUAAAUCAAUGCUCGGCUGCAUUGAAAAGAACAAAACCAUUCCCACAUGUUGGGGUCAUUGGGGGAUGCCCGGUUUUGCGGGUUUUAUUUGUUUUAAUUCUGUUCUGUGUUUUUCUGGCUCCUCGGGUCCUUCCCGGGUACACUAGAUGGCUCUACCACAAGGCAUCUCAUCUUUAAACAGGUUUUCUUCCCCUAGUAUAAGAAGAGAAGGGGGAGAAAUACAGCCUAUGGCCCAAUAACUUAUCAUUUGUAAAAUGACUAGUAAAGAUAUUACCUCAGUGGUAGGAAACAUCCAGACUUAUGUAUUUCAGUAGAAACACAAAACCACUUCAGAGACCAGGGCAUCUACUCUAGAAGGAUCUAACAGGAGAUGGUAAGACAGAUGAGGACAUCAGAAAAGAGGAUGUCCCUGGAAAAGUGGUUUCUGCCCACACGGGCAGAAAUCUGCCUCUGGUCCAUCUCAGGGGACACUUUCACCAAGAGCAGCAUACUUCUCAUCUCUGAAAGAGCAAGUCGGCUUGUGCCAUAUCUUUAGCCAGUCCAGAGCCUUGAAUACCUUUCAAGGUCAAAGUGCAUGGCAGGCUCUUUUGAGAUAUUCCAUUUCCAAGCACCAUCCUGACAGAUUUCAAAGCAGCAGAGCAGGGAGAAGAAUUUAUUGGCUGUGUAAGGAAGAGUAUGGUGAGACAACAACUCUGGAGGUCAUGUGGCACAGGGAAGUGGCGGUGCCCUUUGCACCCAAUAUGAAACAUGUCUCCUACCAACAUUGCUUGAGCUGGAAACCCAGGAACCAGUUUAACUCUGACAUUUGACUGCUGUGGCAUAAGUUCUAAGCCUGACCACAGACAGUGUAUGAUCUGUCAGGCACACUACUGGCCAGCUGGGUCGCAUAGUGGCUGAUAUCUUUCACCGUUUAGUCCCUUAAGAGGUACCUGUUUUUGGUAAAAAGGGGUAUUGAGUUCUGUGCAGGAAGCUGUGAAACCACAGUCCCAUUUACAAUGGAAUCAGCUCACUCCUGAGAACCCUGACUGGGACAUCGGGAAGAGAAGCAAGAGCUUCUGGGUAAGAGACUGCUUGCCCAGCUUUAUAAAUUGCUGUCUGCCCCCUAAGUGACCUGAGUAGAAGCUGGGCAGUUCCAUGGCUCCACAGUAUCUCCUUCCAUCCCACUCCCAUCACCUGCCACCUCUCCAUGAUGCCUUGGGUCAAUCCUUAGAAAACCUGUUUCUUUGGAUUCUGAAAUGUUUUCAUCUUUGACAGCCCUGCCCCCACCCCAUCCCCCACAAAAUACAUAUACUCCUGGGUGGACAGUAUACAGCCAGCUGAGAAGUAGGGGUGCAGGUGGUGGUGGCAGGCAGGAUGUUUGUGACAAAUUUUGUCUCCUUUGUGUUUUUUCCCCUAGAGCCAGCCCUUCGAGGGCGCUAGCAAAGUGUGAGCUGGGAAUAUUUAAUAGUAAAUAAGACUCUGACUUUACACAAGCUACACAUUUUCUGCUUUUCAGAAACCAACAAAUCUCUCUAGAAUUUUUCCUUUGUUCACUAAAAUUGGACAGUAGCCAAGAUAUAAAGCAAGUCAUUUGGAACCUGUCGAAUACACACUAAAGCUACUUUAUCAUGAGGGGUAUUGAGAAGGCUCCACCCCGCAGGAGUCCAGUGAAGGCUGGGACCGUGGAGGCACAAAGUCCAGCACCUGGCCACUUGUGAGCCUCCUUCCUGCCUCAGAGACCUGGGGCAGGGAAGUGAGUAAGGGGAACGUUCUUAGACGAGGAAGUAUCCUUUUGUACUGUUUAGAGAGGCCAGGGCCCUACCGCUAGACUUACUUUAAAAAUCAACGUGGAGGACAACUGUCAUAUUCAAAAUAAGAGCAGGAGUGGCUGCCCUCUGCAUUGUGAGUCACUUCUAUGAAAUCACAUAUAAAGAGUGAUUGUUAGUUUACACACUGUGCAAUCUCACCAUCUGAAAAUAAAAUUGGCUUAGUGUUCUCUGAUGUUGUCAGAACAUCAGGACAAUUGGUCAUGUGGGGAAAAAAAAGCAUCCUUUUAGUGCAAGUUCUGUGAGCCCUGCUAGCUGUGUGUUCAAAGGCAUUUAUUGCCAGUAGUGAUCAUUACAACAUCACAACGAAAGAUGUGGACUGAUUUACUUACAGGGCCUUAGUGUGAUUGUGUCCCAACAAACAGCCUCUGGAUCCUAAAAGUCAAGGCACUUCAUCAGUUUAUUCAGGACACAUGACAACAUUUCUUUGGCCCUGAGCCCAACACGGUUUGUACUUCAUGAAAUAUAUUGUACAUUUUACAUAGUUUAAUUUAAAAAAUACAUUUUAAGCUGGUUGAUCUUUGACUGCCUUAUUUAUUAUAACCUUUCAGCACAUUCCAAGGUUUUAGUUACUCAGGAAGGAGUUAAUUAAAAUGAUUUUAUUUUGGUCUGAUGGAUGUUUUUUAAAUGGAAAAUUAUUAUUAUGAACCUUCAGCCUACUUUUCUUGAGUGCUGUCAAAGUGCUUGUAAAUCAUUUUUUUUUUAAGAAGAAAGAAAAAAAUGGUGUUUGACAUUGAUGGAAAUUCAAAAAUAUAUAUGGAACUGAAACAUUAGCUUAGCUAAAAUAAAAGCAAUCUGUGUUUGA